AUAUUAUGUGCAAAAAUUACGGAUAAAAUUAUUACUACUACUUAUGUUAGGUCGAAACUAAUGAACGUAACACAAAUAAUCCGGUUAAGAGAAAUAUACCGAUGCUAGACUCAAGUUGAGCGCUGUCAUCGGUGGUCAUCAGCAGUCAUCAGCCGUGAUCGUGAUCAGCUGCCCUCGGUUGUCGAUCAGCAACGAGACAACAAGUUUGAAAAAUUCGAAAGGAAUUUAUUCGAGAUUUCCAGUGCACGAUCGCACUAGUUGAUCCGUUAUAGAUUGAUCCGUUAAUUAACGGAGAAAAUGUCCGAGAACAUUGAAGAAGUUAUCGAAGAAGAAAGUUCGGUUACGAUGUUGGAUGUACUUCGGGAGGAGAAUCAGUUGGAGGAAGACGCUUGUGCAGUUUUAGGAGCGUCCGAUGACAAGAAUUGCACUUACAGCAAGGGAUAUACUCGGCAAGCUUUGUACGCCUGCAAAAGUUGUUGUCCAAAAUCAGUGAGAGCAGCAGUUUGCCUUGCUUGUACUUUUCACUGCCACGAAGGUCACGAACUUAUCGAGCUCUAUACCAAAAGGCAUUUUAGAUGCGACUGUGGCAAUUCAAAGUUUGCUGAAAACAAGUGUAAUUUGGAUCCUUCAAAGGAUCCUGUUAAUUCUGAGAACGGAUACAAUCACAACUUUGACGGGCUCUACUGUAUUUGCAAGAGACCCUAUCCAGAUCCAGAGGACACGGUCAACGAUGAAAUGUUGCAGUGCAUAAUUUGCGAAGAUUGGUAUCAUUCUAAGCAUCUAGAGUGUGAGAAAGGAAUACCAGCAGACGACGCGUACGACGAGAUGAUUUGCGGUAAAUGUAUGAAAGAGAAUAAUUUCCUUUGGAAUUAUGCGAGCAAAUAUGCAGUAUUUGAAACAACAGAGAAAGAGAAAGAGAAAGAGAAAGAGAAAGAGAAGAAAGAAGAAGCGAUUGAAAUCGAAAUCGAAAUCGAAAAGCAGCCCGAAGGAUGUACGAUGCCACGGAAUAAUUUUUCGAAAGAACCGUUAACAAAGGGAACUUGUUUUUGGACAGAAGGCUGGAGAAGUGUUUUGUGCGUUUGCGACACGUGCAAAGAGCUUUAUCGGCAGAAAAACGUUACGUUUCUUCUCGAUCCAACGGAUAGCGUGCACGCUUACGAGGAGGCUGGUAAAAUUAACAAUCAAGAAUCACAGUACGAGAAGGGUAUGAAAGCUCUCGCCUCUUUAGGUCGCGUUGAACAAUUAACGGCGAUCGAAGAAUACAAUAAUAUGAAAGAACGAUUGAAACAAUACUUGCAAAAAUUUGCUGAAAACAAGAAAAUUGUACGAGAGGAAGAUAUAAAGGAAUUCUUUUCAGAAAUGGAAUCAAAGAAACGGCCAAAAGUUGUGGUACCUACGUAUUGUCGUUGAGAUAAAUUAUUUCAAUCAACACAUCACGACGAUCUAUUUCUAUAUUCUUAUUUAAAUCUUUAGAUAUUGUUUUUUCUUUAACAGUGUAACGUGUAACAUAAUUUUCUUAUUUCCUUUUUCAAUAAUUACCAAACUAUUUGUGAUAAAUGAUGAAAAGAAGCAAAUGAAAGAAAGAAAG